GGACGUAUUUGACAUUUUUUGGUAUAACAUAUAUUGUAAACGUUUUUGUAAAUAAUGGGGAAAAAAGAUAAGAAAAAGGGUGAACCACCACCUCAAGAUGUCGAAGUUCAAGAGGAACUGGUGCUCACGACGGACCUCGAGCCUGAACCGGAAGAAGUUCAGUACACAGACACAUCAUACACCAGCGCAUCGUUUGAGAGCUUACCUCCUGUUGUUGAGGAGAUCAAGCCGAAAAAGAAGAAGGGCAAAAAGAAAGCCGAAGAGGUGGUCGAAGUGGUUCGAAAAACAAGCAGUGAACAGUUCCAGUGGUCCGAGGAGUCUUUAGUUGGUGAAGAACAGCAGAAAGUGGAAGAGGAAGAAGUUGAAUCAAAAAAGAAGAAAGGCAAGAAGGGAAAGAAAGGGAAGGAAGUGGAAGAAAUUCCCGCCUUUGAAAAGCCCAAAAAUUGGAAAAGUAUGAAUAAGAAGGAGAGAGAAGCAUGGCUUCAGCAGCGUAUAGAAGAAUGGAGAGCGGAGAAAGAAGCAGAAAAACAAGCCAUUUUAGCUGGAGCAAAGGAGAAGAGACUAGCCCUGGCGCGAGAAAGAGCAGAAUUGAUGGCAAAAGACAAUGCCGAGUUGGAGAUCCGAAGAGAUAUAUUAGCCAAGACGUGCGUUUUGUUUCAUAAAUUUGAAAAACAGAAAAUUGACUAUGCGAGAAAGAAACAACUGGAGGCGGAGUGGCAACAGUACCUCCGUUGUGACGGUCUACCAGAUCCGAGGGUUGUGACGCAAAUGAAUACGUACAUCCAUCUAUGGCAGAAGGCAGCCUGUGAUGAUAAUGAGUUGGAGCUCAGGUGCAGAGAUGCGUUACCGAUGUUGGCGAUGCUGGAAGAGAUUGUGGCAAACUCUCGACAAUAUACAGCGCUUCAAGCGCAGUCUUAUAAUGAGGUACGAAUAGCCCUUCGUGAACAACUAUCCCAAGCUAUUCAAUGCGCUUCCUACUCCCUCCUACGGGACUUGGAACAUUGUUUGGUCUGGGACUCAAUCCAGCUAGCAACAUAUGGAAGGGAGUUCAAUGGCCUUAUGCUAAAUAUUUGGGUUGCAAUACCCUUGCCUACCAGGAAACGGAAGCCAGUGGAACCUGAACCAGAACCAGUCGAGUUGACAUUUCCCGCGAUGCGAGUAGGUGUCAAGCUGCCAAAAAUCAUAGACGGUUCCAAUGUGUGCGUGCGCGCAGCCCGGUCUAUGGUAGAUCUUUUAAGUGAGAGUUCUAGGUCUUUUGCUUUAGCGGCUGAGAUGCCUAAUAGAUAUGAAGAUCUAUUCGUAUUUAAUGUAAAAGAGCACAUAGAAACAUACAAAAUAAAGAAAGACCAGGACGUUAUUAGAACAGCCUUUUACAAAGAGAUCAAAGAAAAAAUUACAGAAGUGGAGAAGUUUUUGAAGGCGAAUCCCUACACAAAAAAUGAGAAAGAGAAAGAAGAAUUGGAUAAUUUGAAUAUGGCUGAACCGCCAUUCUUGCCUGACCCUAGAACUUACAUCGGGGAACAAAACGAGGUCCGCUUUGCUAAAUACCUAAAGACGUGCAUGACGCGUACAAGAACGGGCGAAAUUAAUUUGAGGAAAUAUAGAAUUUGCAACGGCGUUCUAAAUUUGGAUCUACUGACGACGCCACCUCAACCAAAACAAAUGAAGGGAGGAAUUAUUUUGACAGCUCUACAACUGCCAAAACAAUUACAACCAAUGAAAUAUCAAGUUCAAUAUCGGGCGCCGUCACCACCAGCACCUGGGGUAACUCGUACUCCAGAAGAAAUAGAGACUGAGUUAAAGAAAAUAGAAGCGGAGUACGAGAAACUCGCUUUGGUGUUCUUUGAAUUACCACAAGAUAUAAUGUGGACCGAACCACCAGUGAUAUGCCAAUGGCAGGAACAAAGAAAACUUUGGACAAGCAACUAUGUUAAUGACUACAAAUUUAACGAAGACAAACUUACCAUACAGUUUAGGACCGGUGUUUUGUGGCCGAUUGGUAUAGCAACACUGCGUUAUGGGAAUUUGCCUUAUCAAGGUUGGGAUAUGAGACCAGACCCUAACGGAAAAGGCGUAAUAAUUACAGUGACAGGUGUUUGUAUAACUGUUACGUGGAUUUGUAUUGGAAACACAGUUAAAUUGCACUGGAUUGCCAACGCGACAACAUCCGCCCUAAAACAACACUUCAACAAACCAUAUAGUGUCAAGAAGAUGGUUCAGAUAAUGCGCGAGGCGGCGUGCGAUUUCUUCCCUGACUUUGACGGACAUAACCAUCUAGAAGGCUCUUGUCCAAAGGAAUGGGUAGCCGAGAGACACAAUUAUCAUGCUAUGGCGUUUCUAUCAAGGGCUUAUAAUUUUCAAUGGAGCCGCUGGAACCAAGCAGCUGGAAGUCGAAACAUUAUAAUGCAAUUACGUGAAGCUGUUGAUAAGAAAAGAGAGGGUAAAUUUCAACUACUUCACACAACACCGCAGAAGGCAGUAAUACUCAAAUGCAACGAGCUUUCUUCAGAAUUUGAUACUGACCCAGCUAUGGGCAUGCAGUUUUACCCAGACCUAUUCACAUUGAAUAUGUCCUAUGGAUCAGUGGAUGCUCGUCGGACAACUUUUAACAUGAAAUAUCGAUUAGUCGAGACCGUUUUUGAUAUGCUUCAAGAGUUAAAAUUGUCCAGUUAUUCGUAAUAUUCUGUUAAAGAUAAAUAUAAAUUUAAAAAAUAUGUCAAUUUUUU